AUGGUCCCGAACACCUCCGGACUGUGUAGGGUGGGUUCUGCUCCUCCGGUGCUCAUCUCCUCUCGCCCUCCUCCAGUGAUUCAGACGGUCUCGGGAUGGCAGCUGUCCUGCGAUCCGUUUGUGCCUGUGAUGCGCACUGCCGCCGCGGAACCAGCGACCAUCAGUCAGUUCAGUCUGCCCAGUGUUCAGUGGGAGAUGCCUUCCAGGCCUCAUGUGUUGGGUUUCCAACCUUCUACAAGUGUGGAUCUACUUCCAGUGUUUCCUCAUGUAUACCGGACGGUCCUGCCUCCACACUACGGCAAGGGCUGGGUGGAAAAACGUGUGCCUGACUACAAGUUUUAUCUAAAUAACACUUUAGCUCUUGAGACCACCUGGAUCAGUCCAGAGGAAAUGGGAAUUUUCCAGCGUCAGGAAAAACCACUGCUGAGGACAAAUCAAACGGCGUUGAGCAUAUGUAGGCCAGCUGCAGCCUCCAGGAAUAUCCACACUCUACUGCUGACACCCAGGCGUGUUUCAGGUUGUCCCGUGGCCAUUAAGCGAGUAGGAAGUUCUAAACGGAUCGCUCUGGCAGCAGCAGCCAUGAUGGCGAUGGAAUCUGACGUGACACAGGGACCAUCUGUCUCUUCUGCUCACCCUCUCCACCUGCUCUCAUUCUCACCCAUCAAGCUUCCCUUUCUGACAGCACCUCACGCAGGAACACGGAGCAGCUGGGAAGGCUUUCUGGGACCCGUCCUGCCCUCUCAGAUUACUGCAGUAACAUCACUCUCUGCUCCUGGAGUGACCCUACUUACUGGAAACUGGAAGAAGCAAAGAGCAACAGAUAAGAUUUUGGAAUUGAAGAAGCCAUCCUGCACAGACGCCUUAGUGCUCCGCCGUGAUCCAAACCCAAAGGCUAAAGCUGAGGAUGAGCCUUUUAAAGUCAGUAUGGAUGAGGACAGUUCGCUCAAAGACAAGCGGCCGGUUGCAUCCAAGCCUAUACCUGGAUCACCAUGGUGUGUAGUGUGGACAGGCGAUGACAGGGUGUUUUUCUUCAAUCCCACCAUGCAUCUGUCAGUAUGGGAGAAACCAGUGGAUCUGAAAGACCGUGGAGACCUCAAUCGAAUCAUCGAGGACCCGCCACAUAAACGCAAGAAAGACUCUUUAGACGAUGGCUCAAAUGCUGAUGAUGACGACGACGAUGAAGAGGAAGGUAGUUCAAACACCAAGCGCUACAAACUGGACCAUCCUGUUGAGUGUGAAGGAAAAAAUGGAUCAUCUCUUCGGAUGGUUUUACCGCUGGAGCUCCGGAUCGGCCACUUCAGAGACAUGCUUCUGGAAAGAGGGGUGUCUGCGUUCUCCACCUGGGAGAAAGAACUGCACAAAAUUGUAUUUGAUCCACGGUACCUGCUGCUGAGUCCAGAGGAACGAAAGCAGAUUUAUGAUCAGUUUGUCAAAGCAAGAAUGAAAGAGGAGCACAAGGAGAAAAAGUGCAAACUCCAGCAAGCGAAAGAAGAGUACAGAAAACUGCUGGAGGAAUCAAAAAUCACAUCCAGGUCGAUGUUCAAAGAGUUUUCGGAAAAGUAUGGAAGCGAUCCGCGGUUUAAACAGGUACUGAAGAGGAAAGACCAGGAGCUGUUUUUCACCCAGUUCAUCGGCACGUUAAAGAAGCGGGACAAGGAGAACAGAAUUCGUCUGAGGAAGAUGAGAUGAGUGUUUGCGGACAGGGCCAUGAACUCUCCACAGUACUGUGAACUGAUUUCCUGUGACUGUUUAUCACAGCGUAUACGGUGAUACCAUCUGCCCAUAUGUCUGACCAAACCAAAAGGGCAAUUUGCUUUUCAAUGACUGACUUUCAAACAAACGGAACCAAUACAGAACCAGCAGAAUCUGAGCAGCG